UCAAAUCACGCUAAUCGCACUCCGCACGCCUAGUUUGACCCCAUCACUCUCUCUCACUCUUCUCCCUCUCUGCUCCUCAUCUACCCUAACCCUAGAUCCGUGGGUUUCUCUCUCUAUCCUAUUUUCUCUCUCUUGUUUGCAGUUUUUGUUUUCGCAGACGCCGAAUCUCUCCUAGCUCUCUCUCUCUCUGUGUCUCUCUCUCAUAUUCAAGUUCCUCAAGAGGAUCAGCAUGGGUGAAGUAAGGGACAACGAGGCUUACGAGGAGGAGCUUCUCGACUACGAAGAGGACGACGACAAAGCCCCUGACUCCGUCAAUGGCAAGCCUACUGCCGAAUCCGCCAAAAAGGGCUAUGUUGGAAUUCACAGCUCGGGAUUCAGAGAUUUCCUGUUGAAACCAGAGCUUCUUCGAGCAAUUGUAGAUUCAGGAUUUGAGCAUCCUUCAGAAGUGCAACAUGAGUGUAUACCUCAAGCUAUCUUAGGAAUGGAUGUCAUCUGUCAAGCAAAGUCCGGGAUGGGAAAGACUGCUGUCUUUGUUCUCUCUACUUUGCAGCAGAUUGAACCUGUUGCAGGACAAGUUGCUGCUCUUGUCCUUUGUCAUACAAGAGAAUUGGCUUAUCAGAUCUGCCAUGAAUUUGAGAGGUUCAGUACCUAUUUGCCUGAUAUUAAGGUUGCUGUCUUCUAUGGUGGUGUUAAUAUCAAGGUUCACAAGGAUUUACUGAAGAAUGAAUGCCCUCAUAUUGUUGUUGGGACGCCUGGGAGAAUACUGGCUCUUGCAAGAGAUAAGGAUCUUGGAUUAAAGAAUGUGAGACAUUUUAUCCUUGAUGAGUGUGACAAGAUGCUUGAAUCACUUGACAUGAGGAGAGAUGUGCAGGAAAUCUUUAAGAUGACCCCUCAUGAUAAACAAGUGAUGAUGUUUUCAGCUACACUCAGCAAGGAUAUUCGCCCGGUGUGCAAGAAGUUUAUGCAAGAUCCAAUGGAAAUUUAUGUGGAUGAUGAGGCCAAAUUGACUCUUCAUGGUCUUGUACAGCAUUACAUUAAAUUGAGUGAGCUUGAGAAAAACCGCAAGCUGAAUGACCUCCUUGAUGCACUGGACUUCAACCAAGUGGUUAUUUUUGUCAAAAGUGUCAGCAGGGCAGCUGAGCUGAACAAGUUGCUUGUAGAGUGCAACUUUCCUUCUAUCUGCAUCCAUUCUGGAAUGUCUCAGGAAGAAAGGUUGACACGCUACAAAGGUUUCAAGGAGGGGCAUAAAAGAAUACUUGUGGCCACUGAUUUAGUUGGAAGAGGAAUUGACAUUGAGCGUGUCAAUAUUGUUAUCAACUAUGACAUGCCUGAUUCUGCUGACACCUAUCUGCACCGCGUUGGCAGAGCUGGUAGGUUUGGCACCAAAGGGCUCGCAAUUACGUUUGUCUCUUCUGCAUCUGACUCUGAUGUUCUCAAUCAGGUUCAGGAAAGGUUUGAGGUGGAUAUUAAGGAACUUCCUGAGCAAAUUGAUACUUCUACAUACAUGCCAUCCUGAUGGACAUCCUUUUUGGCUGAUGUGGAAGCGUAUGUAAUUUAAUUCAAGCAUGAUUGGAAGUUCGAGUAGAAUGGACAUGAAACUUUCUGGGGGUUGUCUAGAUGUAGAAUAUUAAACUCGGCUUUGGGGCUAGGGGUACGGAUGUUAUCUUUCAUUUCUCAUCUAUGUAGCACUUUUGAUUAUUGAAUUUUUAGAUUGGAAGCUGUUAUAGGGAUUGGGAAUUAGGCCUAGCUGAAUUUAUUCAUGUGAUGGCAUGCCACCUGGUCCGAAGUUUUACUUGCGUUUCCCAGAAUAUUUAAUUCUAGUUCUCUAUGUCCCUAUCAAUUUUACCUUUUUUAUUUUUUACUUCUAUUUUUGGUCUGUUAUUUUUGUCGGCCUUAAAUCUUUUGAAGUAGUGCUUUUGAUAUAGAUUUGCACAA